UUUCCGUCCAUGGAAAAACAAGUACAUCCGACAAUCAGAACAUAUAAGAGCCGUGUAAUUAGCAAACUGACUCACUUGGUCUGCCGUCAGUGUUCACAAUGGCCGCGAAUAUUCUGGUUCCCUCAUGGAUAUUACUUAGCUGUGUAAUAGGUGCACUAGCUGAAACUUGCAACGGGGCGUACGAGUCAAUCACCUGUAUUUUUGGAUGUUGUGAGGACACAUUAUAUGUUUACUGUUGUUUGAGUAACGGAGCCGGCAUUGGUAUCAUCUGCGGGUGUCUGGCAAUUGUCCUGAGUUGCAUAGGAGCAUGCUGUCGACAAGCUCACAGAAGAAAUAACCUGAACCAGGCUACUGUGCUACAUAACACUCAGGCCGCUUCCGUUGCAGUGGUUACAAACACCGCAAAUCAGGGCGCCUACGGUAACCAACAGAUGUCACAAUACCCUUCCCCCGCCUACCCGGUACCCCCAACAACCCCUGCCCCUGCAGCCUAUCCCCCCAAAGUACUGACACAUCGCGGAGGAGUGGAAGUGGGGAAUCCCCUUCGCUGA